UCUUACAUUCGCAAUAUCAAAAUAUAUAAAUAAAUGCAUAUUUCAGAACCAUUUUUUUAUUAAAUUAAUAUAAUAGUUGUAAACAAUGAGUGUCCGCGAAUGGAGAAGCUGUGAAUUUUAUGAAAUGUCAUUGCUUUCCAACUUCUGCAAAAUUGACAUAAGCUCGACGAUAGUAGCCCACUGCACAUUUGGUAAUGUGUAUGUGUUCUGCGAGGUCUCAGGAAUAAUACAUGUUUGUUUCAGAAAUUCCUGGAUUGUAAACUUUCGCUACCAAUGUAGUAAUGUGCGAUAUUCCGCCUUGACAAACGAUGGUGAUUUGCUUGUGCUUGUGUCGCAAGACGAUUCUUCAUAUAGAAUACGUGUAGAUGUUUUAAAUAUUGCCAGUGUCAUUAAGGGUGAAGGAGUUCACUGUAUCGCAUCCGCCGAAAUUGACACUUUUGGAAUUAUAACAACACUUCGAACUUGUGUGUUAAAUGAGCGUGUACUUUGCAUAACGAUUGGAUUAGAUAAUGGGGAUAUACUAUUUCACCAAUCUGUUAUAAAUUCGUAUAUGUCACUAAAUUUUUGUGUUAUUUCUAAUGAGAAAAGUCGUAUUAUAGGUACUGAAUUUCAACAAAAACUUGAUGUACUUUACCUAUUUGUCUGCUCAGAAGAAAGUGUUGUGUUGUAUACUGUUAAAGAUAACAGUUUCAUUAAUAAGGAACAGAUUUUGGAGUCAUCCGGAACUAAUAUUAGUUGCUGCUCGAUUCUUCAUGAUACCGAAACUUCAUUUUUCCUAGUUGGCCGAGAGGAUGCACUUUAUUGUUUCACCAUAGAUGGAAGAGGACCAUGUUACGCCAUAAGCGGAAAGAAGAAAUUAAUUGCUUGUUUAAAACAGAAUAUUGUUAUUUUAAUGGAAACAGAGGAGAAGCGAGAAAGUUACAUUAUUAUAAUAGAUAUCUACAACAAAUCAAUUGUUUUCCAAAAAAGGAUUGGUUUCUUAAAUAAUAAAAUGUUAGUGACUAAUGAUGUAUGCUGCUACAUAUUGAAGGACAAUGUUAUUUAUAUAACUCAGGAGCGAAGUAUCCAUAGCAAAUUACAGAUAUUGAUGAACAGUAAUCUCUACGGGCUUGGCUUAAAUAUUCUUGGCAAGAGCAGAAGCAAACUUGAAAGCAGUUUAUAUUUAUGCUUUGGGGACUAUCUUAUUUAUAAAGGUGACUUCAUUUCUGCGAUGGCGAAGUAUAAGAAAUCUGCGGAAUUAAUAGAUAUUUAUUUAAUUAUAAAAAGACUUUUAGAUUCGAAAUAUAUCAAUCACUUGGCGCAUUAUAUAAAUUAUUUAGAAGAUAAAGCAUCAGUAACAGAAAAAGAUCUUUUAUUAAAUUGUAAUAAAAGAAUUUACUUAAGUUUUAAGAGCAAUAAGCCUCAAAAUCAAAUCCGUUAUGAAAACACAUUAUCCCAAACGUCUUUAAGUAUUUUCAAUAGUUCUAAUGUAUUGCAAUUGAAAAACUUAAACGACAGUGAUUUAUAUGACCGUAUUGUAAAAAAUAGUCCCAAGACAAUUUCAAUGUAUUGGGAACAGUUUUUCAUGGUACUCAAAACGGUUAAAAAUCCGUCACUGUAUAUAUCUCUUGUACUGUGCUCGCAGGAAAAUUGUAAUGAAUUCUUAGAAUAUCUUUUUUCAUCUCCUAAUGAACAUAUGAAAGUUUUGGAAAUUCUAUUGGAAUUACAACUAAUUGAAUGGCACCAGGGGGAGAAAAACACAACAAAGAUACUUAACUAUUUAGAAAAUUAUAGUACUGGUUAUUCGGACCAACUUUUUAUUUCUUUUAUUAACUAUUCCUUUUGGCCAGGCAUUAUUUUUUUGCAUGAUAAUUAUAAGAUCUUACAAAUGAGACUGAAAUAUUUUAUUAAGUGCUGUGACUUGGACAUUCCCGAGGAGUUAAAUAAAACUAGUUAUAAUAUGAAUCAAAACUUAACGUUACAAGCCAUAGAAAUUAUGAAGAGCAGUUCACAAAUCGCGACGGAUCUUUCAGACAGGAUAACUAAACAAGUACUUCAGCAAAGAAGUCUAUCCAGACUGGAAGUUGCUCAGGGAAUAUCUAUACGAAAUACUUUUAAAAUGGCGCAAAUAAAACAAUUGUUUAACGAAAAAAACCCGCAAUCCGUGAUUAAAUGCAAUAAUGUCAUAAAAGAUAUGAAUACUUGUUUGCAAUCCUAUCAGGCUUACUUAUCAAGUUUCACAUUGUGCCCAAUAGAAUUCAGAAAAAAUAUUUGUAUUAUUUGUAAAUGUAAAUUAAGCCUGCCAUCAAUUUAUUUUUUGUGCCAACAUGCUUUUCAUGUAGAAUGUGUGGAGCAAAGCUUGAAAGAAAAUAUUUGUCCAUUGUGUGUAACGAAAGAAACAAUUCCUAAAAGCACGUCAACACAAGUGUCUGACCAAAUCAAGUGGAACACCCCUCAAACUUUGAAAAUAAUUUCAAUGCUGAUUUCAAGAAACUUCCUAACAGAAACCAGUUAGGUAAAAAAUGUAGAGCAUAAGAGUGAUAUGUCCCUAAAAUAAAAAAGUAUUUUGCAAAAUCUAGCGAUUUUUUAUGUAAAUAAAAAUAAUUACAUGUAUGUUAAAACGAAAAAUAAAGCCCUUCUAUAUAACAAAAGAUUGUUUGAAAUUUUCAGAAUUAUUCCUAUUCAUUUACAAAGUUAGUAUAAAUCACCACAAUCAAAAACGGUAUGAAUAAAGUUAUGACAACAAAGAAUAUCAUAAAGAUUUUGCUUAUAGGGGUCUGGACAAGAUUUUAUUAGAUAUGGCACAAAUGCGAAGCAAUCAAAAUAUAAUUCUUCUUAACCAUGGUGUGAAUAAUCCGAACAAAUUUCAAAACAAAUAUAAAAAAACGUGUGCUAU